CUCCGCCCCUCCCGCCCCUCGCCUGCACUGCUCUCCUUUCGCCCGGGGGAAGCGACAACGUCCCGAUAACUUGCAGACUGUGGCGCAACUGGUCUCGACACCGGAGGCGCCCGAAUGCUGUCCGGGUGAGGAACCUGGGAAGGAAAACAGUCUCAACAAUGAAUAGGCCACUCAUCACGACCAGUUACAGAUGACUUGCCAUUUCAUUGACAAAGAUGUCGUCUGCUGCUGAGAAUGGAGAUGCAGCACCUGGGAAACAAAACGAAGAAAAAACCUAUAAAAAGACUGCAUCAUCUGCUAUCAAAGGUGCUAUUCAGCUGGGAAUAGGAUACACAGUGGGUAAUCUCACCUCCAAGCCAGAUCGAGAUGUUCUCAUGCAAGACUUCUAUGUGGUGGAAAGUGUGUUCCUACCCAGUGAAGGGAGCAAUCUGACCCCAGCACAUCACUACCCAGACUUCAGAUUUAAGACAUAUGCUCCACUAGCAUUCCGAUAUUUCAGAGAACUUUUUGGUAUCAAGCCUGAUGAUUACUUGUAUUCCAUAUGCAGUGAACCUCUCAUAGAGCUCUCUAACCCUGGAGCCAGUGGAUCCUUAUUUUUUGUGACCAGUGAUGAUGAAUUUAUCAUCAAAACAGUUCAGCAUAAAGAAGCAGAGUUCCUUCAGAAGCUCCUGCCAGGCUAUUACAUGAAUUUAAACCAGAAUCCAAGGACUCUUUUGCCCAAAUUUUAUGGACUGUAUUGCAUGCAAUCAGGGGGCAUUAACAUCAGAAUUGUGGUGAUGAACAAUGUCUUACCACGCUCCAUGAGAAUGCACUUUACAUAUGACUUGAAAGGCUCAACCUAUAAGCGAAGAGCCUCCCGAAAAGAGAGAGAGAAAUCCAGCCCCACGUUUAAGGACUUAGAUUUCCUGCAAGACAUGCACGAAGGGUUGUAUUUUGAUACAGAAACAUACAAUGCGCUCAUGAAGACGCUUCAAAGAGACUGCCGGGUGCUGGAAAGCUUCAAGAUCAUGGACUAUAGCCUUUUGCUGGGAAUCCACAUCUUGGACCAUUCCCUCAAAGAGAAAGAAGAGGAAAUUUCACAAAAUGUGCCUGAUGCUAAGCGGUCUGGGAUGCAAAAGGUCCUCUACUCAACAGCCAUGGAAUCCAUCCAGGGUCCAGGGAAAUCAGGAGACGGGAUCAUCACAGAGAACCCGGACACAAUGGGAGGCAUUCCAGCUAAAAGCCAUAAGGGAGAAAAGCUACUUUUAUUUAUGGGCAUUAUUGAUAUUCUGCAAUCAUAUAGGUUAAUGAAAAAGUUGGAACAUUCCUGGAAAGCUCUUGUUUAUGAUGGGGACACUGUUUCGGUUCAUAGACCAAGCUUUUAUGCAGACAGAUUUCUAAAGUUUAUGAAUUCCAGAGUUUUCAAGAAAAUUCAAGCUUUGAAGGCCUCACCCUCUAAAAAACGGUGCAACUCCAUUGCCGCCCUGAAGGCAACCUCACAGGAGAUUGUGUCCUCAAUUAGCCAGGAAUGGAAGGAUGAGAAGCGUGAUUUGCUGACCGAAGGGCAGAGUUAUAGCAGCCUCGAUGAAGAAGCAUUGGGAUCCCGACACAGGCCAGACCUGGUGCCUAGCACUCCAUCGCUGUUUGAAGCUGCUUCCUUGGCGACCACAAUUUCAUCUUCUUCCUUGUACGUCAAUGAACAUUAUCCACACGACAGGACCACGCCUUAUUCAAGCAGUAAAGGGUUACCUUCCAGUUCAACCUUUACCUUGGAAGAGGGGACCAUCUACUUGGCUUCUGAGCCAAACGCUCUGGAAAUGCAGGAUGAUAAUGCCUCCGUGCUUGAUGUCUAUUUAUAAGUGAAAAUGGUGACCACCCAAGCAGAUGGAUGAGGCAGGAACACGGUUGUGGGAGAGAAGUUUCUCCACUCCACAAUUUCCCAAAGGAAACUGGGCUGAGCCCCACUACACACAGAGUCAUAAUCAACUGGACUUGGAGUCUGCGAGAUGUCAGGGGAGCCUCGGCCGAGAGGCUGAUCGGCAGAUGUGAUGUGAAAAAUACCACACUCUUCUGUCAUUUGCUGUUGCUUGCUGAACUGUGAAGAACUGCAUGAACUCUAUUUAAGCUGCUUUCUAUACCAUUGCCAAUCACCUUUUUGGACUUGGAAGUGCUAUUUUACUAUUGACACUUGCAUUGUUUCAUUUUGCAUGCAUCCAGUGAUUAUCCAUAAGCAACAUAUGUAAUCUGCUUAUAUAUUUUUUAAAAAUCUAUCCAUGCAAAAUGGUAACGUCUGAAUUAUGCUCUUUUUCAAAGUUAUAAUCAGCCCAUGUCAUUAAAAGUUUAAAUUGGUUUCAUAUAAAGAUCAGUGUAAUAGGUCUGCAUAUACUUUAUAGAAAAUUAGCUUCUAUAAAGAUUUUUUCACUGUUUACUAGUGAAAUGAGAAAAGCAAAGCUAUUUAUAAAAGGCCUUAUGUCGUGUACAUACAUUGUCUUUGAAAUAUUUGUGAUUUAGUUUAUUGCUUGUAA